AUGUACAAGUCUUGUGAAUCCCCUGUCAGCAGGGACCCUGCUCUAAGGGUCACCUUGUCCUCCACGGACUGUUACAUCGUGCACGAGAUCUACAAUGGAGAGAACGCUCAGGACCAGUUUGAGUAUGAGCUGGAGCAGGCGCUGGAAGCGCAGUACAAAUACAUAGUGAUAGAGCCCACUCGCAUUGGGGAUGAGACGGCCCGCUGGAUCACUGUCGGGAACUGCCUGCACAAGACCGCCGUGUUAGCGGGCACCACCUGUCUCUUCACCCCUCUGGCACUUCCAGUAGAUUAUUCUCACUACAUCUCGCUGCCUGCUGGUGUGCUGAGCGUGGCUUGCUGCACCCUUUAUGGUAUCUCUUGGCAAUUUGAUCCCUGUUGCAAGUACCAAGUAGAGUACGAUGCCUAUAAACUUUCCCGCCUGCCCCUGCAUACGCUCACCUCCUCCACUCCAGUGGUGCUGGUGAGGAAGGACGACCUGCACAGAAAGAGACUGCAUAACACAAUAGCACUCGCUGCCCUGGUGUACUGUGUAAAGAAGAUCUAUGAACUCUAUGCUGUAUGA